AUGCCCAACUUCCCAUCUUCCCCGACCCCGAUCAGGGACGAUAAGGACGUCUCGACGAGACAGACUGAAUUACAUGCAACAAACAACUUCAUCAAUCCAUCACAACUUCAUCACCUGACAUCCUCAACCAACUCAUGGAUGGCAGGAUUCACACUGUCUGUUUGUACUUAA